CCCACAGGCCUGCUUGUGCACAGGUAGCAGCUCCCUGUGUGGGAACAUUCUGCCCCCGAGAGUCACUUGUUACCCAGGGUGCAGAAGGGCUUGAAACAAAACUGUUUUUCAAGGUUUUGGGGUCCCAGUUGAGGCCUGCCAGUCUGAACCAGGCCCCUUUUCAAUGCUGCCAGCAGCACCAGUUGGAUAAGUAGCUGCUUCCACAGAAUCUUUUUCCUAUUUGCACCUCUAGAGGGGGCCUCUCACCAGAGAAUGAAAAUCUGGAACCAGAAUCAGAGCUAGACAUGCCAUGAUUGUGCCAAAGGGCUGUGCUUCAUAUUCAUCCCGUCCACUGGGGUCAGCCACGGAUGAACCAGUGUGAAGUUCUUAAAGCAAAACAUUCCCGAGUCUCCAAGUAGCCUCGCCUUCUCGUUUGUAUCUGGCUGACUGAUUCGUCACACACAUCUCUGAGUAACUUCCUCCUCAAGGAUCAGGUGUUCUCACAGGGUUUGAGAGCAGUGUGGUUAUGGGGCAGUUCAAUCAAACUUAGAUCGAGGGCUUUUUGAAACAGACAAACAAAACACCCCCUUUAGUCCGAGUAGACUUUGUCAGACUUCGAUAACGCUUGGCCCUGCCACCAGUGCAGGGGACUGGCCUAGGGGAGCGCUCGAGGUCCUGUCCAGUCCUGCGAUUCUUCAUUUCGAUGCAGAUAGUUACGGGCGGGAUUUAGAGCUUGAUCGUUCAUGGUGCUGAGGGUGCUGGUGUUGCUCCCCCAAAGUGCUCAGCACAUGCUUAACUUGGAGCAGGAGAGGAGUCCCUUCAAGUUAAGCGUGUGCUUCAGUGUUGGGCUGGAUCGGGGCCAGACUGAUCAGCAAUUUGCAAGAUCAAGCCGCUAAACCUUCCCCUCCAUUGUUGUGUCAUUGCCUGAGUCAUGGGCCAGGAUGCUUUUCUGAAAACCUCCCCACCCUCUUGUCAUUCAGUUAAAAAAACACACCAGAGAAUAGUUAUUAAUAUGCGGCCAGAUCCUCCUCUGGGUUAAAUCUGCAUAGGUCCCCUGGUUCCCUGGAUCUGGUCCAUUACACCUGCUACACUGCCCGGCGCUUGAAUCCUACGUUCCGAGCAUUGAUUUGACGCGUUCCUCUAACAUCUAGUGCUUUAAAAUCCUAGCAAUACACAGACAGAGGAAAAAGAUCCCAGCUGGGAUUUUCAGAGGAGACUAAGGGAGUUAGUUGCCUAGGUCCCCUUGCACGUAGGGCUCCAAACUCCAAUCAAAAACAAAAUAGAUCUCUCGUAAGAGCUAGCUAGCUCACCGAAAUGUGCAACCCGUCUUCCCUACAGUGCUACACCUCAGUCAGCAAAAAUAGCAAGAAACAUAACAAACACAGGAAGCCACCCAGUUGGUGAAGAGCUCUGGACGAGGAGAAUGGCAGAGCCACGGCUGCCUGAAACCCCAGACUGACUCACUAACCCUUGGGAAAAGCGUCCUUUCCCUUCCCCAGAAGGUGCCAGACUCUCGUCACCCAUCACAGAGGCAGCUGGAGGCAAACCAGAGCUCUCUUGGGAAUAGGAUAGUUUUCUUUUAACUGCUGGUAACGAAACCAAAAGUAGCCAAGUGCUGUCUUCAUGAGGGGCGAUUACUGCUGGUUGCCCUGCUGGGUGAUGACCAAAGGCUGUUCGGAAAACUGCACAGCAUGUUCCUAGCCUUGUUGGGCCCUGCGGGAAUGUGACUAGGGUACAAACUAUGGGCCCAAUUUUCAUUUAUACCACGGCUGCUCCACAGCGCUCUAGCAGUGUGCGAAAUGUACCCUCUGUUAAGGCUUCCUCACCCUCCCAGCACAGUGUGAGGUGGCCUUCGUGUAAAUUCUAAUGGCUAACGCAGAGUAUGAGGAAACCCUUGACAAUGGUGGGCCUAUUGCUGCCCUGGGAGAUGGAUUCUCAGCUCCCACUGUGUUUGUUCGGGGUGUCACCGGUGUGCCUGAGGGUGGAAUAAUGCCUGUGAAAUGUGCUAGGUUGUUAAUUCUCCACCAAGGGAAGUUGUGGAAGCUCCAUCGCUCGCGUUACCUGAAGAUGGAAUGGACAGAAUUUUGGAGGAUUUGGUGUGAAACAACCCAGCCUUGGCAGCACCUCUGCUAACAGACCUCGUCCCUCCCAAAGCUCUGGGAGAACCAAUGUGCCAAAUCGUCACUGCUGAUGGGCAGCUGGUCACCAAGCUCCUGGGCCGGGCAGUCCCUAGGGGUCAUCAACUUGCUCGUUAAAGCCUGGCUCUGUGUAGAUCUCUCCCAUGUGCUUCCAGGAGACAGACAUUCCCAUUGUGUAGCACAUGAAGCUCUUCUGUUGCCCUGGGCCCCGAGUUGUUUUUGUUUUAUUGCAGGAGCAGCUCGAGGCCCCACUGGAGCCCGGCCCCAUGGUGCUCUGUGCUGCACACACACGUAGUGAAAGAUAUUCCUGCCCUGGGGCGCUCACAGUCGGAAUAGCCCAGAGCAAGGGUGGGAGGGGAACCUGCCCGGGGUGGUGCAGCAGGGAAUAACUCCCAGGUCUCCUGAAUGCUAGGCCAGUGCUCCAUGCUUUUGUAUCGACAAAACCGAGGGCGAUAUUUACCUUCAGGGGGUCACCUCCCCAGACAGCCGAUUUUGCUCACUGUCGUUUUCCUUUCAAAAAUUCUAAGUUAACUCAUCGAUUUCUUGUUAUUUCCAUUUACACCACUGCCGAGCUGCCCAGACCCCAGCCCUGAGUCUUCCACUAGGAAAACUUUAGGUAGGGACAUCAUUACCCCACGUGUCCUCCUUCCCCCAAUAAAUCAGUGCAGAGCUAGUCUAGCCACACCCAUCUAAAUCUCAGACAUGCAGAUUAGCACUGUUGACAGAACUGCCCCUUCUAGUGUGUGUGGUCUGACUACUGCAGUGACUUUCUUUGUUUAAUAACGUUUUAUUAUCUUCCCACUGGUAGCACAUUCAUGGCUGAGUGCAUCAAACUGAGGUAACCCAUUGGAACCACUCAGCCUUGGGUUUAUAUAUUUACCUAACAAUACAUUUGCCUGCUCUAUUUAAAAGAACUCUGAGCUUUGGCUUUUAAGCGGUGCAGUAACGAUAAGAACUCGAAUUCUAGUGUCAUUAAGCUCCGGAGACCAUAAAAGCAGAAGACCAGUUGGUCCUACUUGCUGGUCGUCUUCAGUCCAGUUCAGACCCUUUCCCAUCCUGCAGUACGUGUUGUUGUGGCUUGGCCACUUUGCUUCUCAAAUCCCAAAGCACUUGGUUUUCCCUGCACUUCCCUCGGAGAGCCCAUUUUACAGCCUGCUACAUCUUGCUGGCAGAGAUGUUCCCUGAUGCUCAGCCUGAAUUUUCUCCCACUUAUUUUCCAUUCGUACGCUCGUUGAGGCCCCUCUUAACCCAUUCCUGUCUGUCCUGGGGCCUGAGCCUAUAAACCCUGACGUGAGAAUGCUUGUUGGGGUUACUCGUGAGUGAGGGCUUGUAGAAUCAGUCUUUGGUGCAACCCCUGCUUGUCCCUUCUCAGUCAUUGUUGAGCCAAGCUAGGCAUGGGAAUGUAGGUCUGGAAGAGACCUCGAGAGGUCAUCUAAUCCAGCCCCCUGUGCAGAGACAGGACCAAGUAGCCUAAACCAUCCCUGACAAGUGUUUAUCCAGCCUGUUUUUUAAAACCUCUAGUGAUGGGGAUUCCACAACCUCCCUUGGAAGCCUGGACCAGUGCUUAACUACCCUGAGAAUUUAAACGGUUUUAAUUAUAGCUAACUUAAAUCUCCUUUGCUGCAGAUUAAGCCCAUUACUACUUGUCCGGCCUUCAGUGGCCGUGGAGAACAAUCGAUCACUCUUCAUAACAGCCCUUAACAAAUUUGAAGACCAUUAUCAGGUCCUCCUUCAGUCGUCUUUUCUCGAGACCAAACGUGCCCAGUUAUUUUAAUCUUUCCUCACAGGUCAGGUUUUCUAAACAUUUUAGCAUUUUUGUUGCUCUCUUCUAGACUGUCUCCAAUUUGACCACAUCUUUCCUAAAUAGUGGUGCCCAGAACUGGACACAGUACACAGCUGGGGUCUCACCAGUCCGAAGUAGACUAGGACAAUUACCUCCCAUGGCUUACAUAUGACACUCCUGUUAAUACAUCCCAGAGUAUUAACCUUUUUCGCAGCUGCAUCACGUAGUUGACUCAUGCAAUUUGUGACCCACUACAACCCCAAGAUCCUCUUCCACAGAAGUACUGCCUAACCAGUUAGUCCCCAUUUUGUAGUUGUGCGGUUAAUUUUUUCCUUCCUAAAUGUAGUACUUUGCACUUGUCUUUAUUAAAUUUUAUCUUGUUAAUUUCAAACCAGUUCUCUGAUUUGUAACACUCAUUUUGAAUUCUAAACCUGUUAUCCAAAGUGUUUGCAACCCCUCCCAGCUUGGUAUCAUCUGCAGAUUUUAUGAGCACACUCUCCACUUCGUUAUCCAAGUCAUUACUGAAAAUGUUGAAUAGUGAUGGACCCAGGACAGACCCCUGGGAGAACAACGCUAGAUACGGCCUUGCAGUCUAACAGCUAACCAUUGAGAACUGCUCUUUGAGUACCGUCUUUCAACCCGUUGGAGUAAUUUCACCUCGACCAGAUUUCCCUAGUUUGCAUGCAUAACACUUUGUCUUUUCUCCAUCAGUCCAUCCCUCCUGCUCCCUGCAGGUUUUUCUUGCUCCUUUCCAAACUCUUUCCAGCUUGUCAGUAUCGCUCUUGUACUGAGAUGCCCUGCAAUGGAUGUGCUACAGGCUGUUCAUUCCCCCUCCCCCUUGCUGGACUGAAGAGUUUUCUCCAUUGUUGCUUUAAGCUGAAUUGGAAACACUAAGGGCCAUGCUGAUGGUUAAUAUUCCAGUGGCAACAUUCCCUGCAAAGCCAAUCCCAAAGAGCCCUGCAGCCAGAGCGACCUCCUUGAUUGGUGCAUGCAAAGCCCAGUGAGCUCUCCCCUCCCAAACAGGAAGCAACAAAGCCAGGCUGUUCUUGAAUUGAAUUGGAGGAAGUCUCCACACUUACGCAAAGCAAUUUGGCAGAAGUUAGAUAGCAGUGAAACAACAAGUACUACUGCAGAGAUUAUAGAAACUGCAGAGCCUGGGAGCUGUCUCGGGGGCAGAUUUACUAAGCUUUCUGUGAAGGAUUCAUUCUUAGCUACCGCACUACAGGGACGCGCACCUCCGAUCAGUACCCCACGCCGUUCCGACUCCGCCAUCUCCGUUCGCUCGUUACACUCUGAGUCCAACAUGUCCUUGCGCUCGACGUUCUCGCUCCACGAGGAAGAGGAGGAACCAGAGCCCUUGGUGUUUGCCGAACAGCCAUCAGUCAAACUCUGCUGCCAGUUGUGUUGUAGUGUGUUUAAAGAUCCAGUCAUCACAACCUGUGGGCACACGUUUUGCAGAAGAUGUGCCUUAACAUCUGAGAAGUGCCCAGUGGACAACGCCAAACUGACUGUGGUUGUUAACAAUAUUGCUGUGGCCGAGCAGAUAGGGGAGCUGUUCAUUCACUGUAAAUAUGGCUGCCGGCCCGCCGCCAGCAGCAAGCCUGCUGCCUUCGAGGUGGACCCCCACGGAUGCCCCUUUACCAUUAAACUGAGCGCCCGGAAAGAUCACGAAAGCAGCUGUGAUUACAGACCAGUUCGCUGUCCCAAUAACCCCAGCUGCCCACCUCUCUUGAAAAUGAACCUGGAGGCGCAUCUCAAAGAGUGUGAACACAUCAAGUGCCCUCAUUCCAAAUAUGGGUGUACGUUCAUAGGAAAUCAAGACACCUACGAGACUCACUUGGAGAUGUGUAAGUUUGAGGGGCUGAAGGAGUUCCUGCAGCAGACAGACGACCGCUUCCACGAGAUGCAGGUGGCAAUGGCUCAGAAGGACCAAGAAAUCGCCUUCCUGCGCUCAAUGCUGGGCAAGCUCUCAGAGAAGAUUGACCAGUUGGAGAAGAACCUGGAACUCAAAUUUGAUGUGCUGGAUGAGAACCAAAGCAAGCUGAGCGAGGACCUGAUGGAGUUCCGGAGGGAUGCCUCCAUGCUAAAUGAUGAACUGUCCCACAUCAACGCCCGCCUCAACAUGGGCAUCCUAGGAUCGUACGAUCCUCAGCAGAUCUUCAAAUGCAAGGGGACCUUUGUCGGGCACCAAGGCCCUGUCUGGUGUCUGUGUGUUUACUCCAUAGGAGACUUGCUUUUCAGUGGCUCCUCAGACAAAACCAUUAAGGUGUGGGAUACCUGCACCACAUACAAGUGCCAAAAGACCUUGGAGGGCCACGAUGGGAUUGUUCUCGCUCUCUGCAUUCAGGGGAACAAGCUGUACAGCGGCUCUGCUGACUGCACCAUCAUUGUCUGGGAUAUUCAAACCUUGCAGAAGGUGAACACGAUCCGAGCGCAUGACAAUCCUGUUUGCACUUUGGUCUCCUCCCACAACAUGCUGUUCAGUGGCUCCCUUAAAGCCAUUAAGGUCUGGGACAUCGUGGGCACCGAACUCAAGCUGAAAAAGGAAUUGACAGGUCUCAAUCACUGGGUGCGAGCACUUGUGGCUUCUCAAAACUAUCUCUACAGUGGGUCUUACCAAACAAUCAAGAUCUGGGACAUCCGGAACCUGGAGUGUGUCCAUGUGCUGCAGACGUCAGGGGGCAGCGUGUACUCCAUCGCCGUGACCAACCAUCACAUCGUGUGUGGCACCUACGAGAACCUCAUCCAUGUCUGGGAUAUCGAGUCGAAGGAGCAGGUGCGCACGCUGACCGGGCACGUGGGGACGGUGUACGCCCUGGCCGUCAUCUCCACGCCGGAUCAAACCAAAGUCUUCAGCGCGUCGUACGAUCGCUCUCUCAGGGUGUGGAGCAUGGACAACAUGAUUUGCACUCAGACGCUGCUGCGGCACCAGGGCAGCGUGACGGCGCUCGCAGUCUCCAGGGGCCGCCUCUUCUCCGGCGCUGUGGACAGCACUGUCAAGGUCUGGACGUGCUAACGGUAACAGCUGCACCGGUCCUGCACCCCGAGUACCAAAAUCUCCUUCUCCUCUGCCGGCCUGUUGGACGACUGACACCGCUCUGAAAUAGCUGCUGCCGUCCUCUGCUCACCACCACCACCUGCUGCCUUCCAUUGGCCACAGCAACUGCGCCCUCAGCAUCGCUCGUCCCUCCGACCUGCCGUCGCCCAGGGACGCCCCAGAAGUCAGCCGUGUCCCAUGAAAUAGGUGGGAGACCUGGCCUGCUGCGAGGGCCGGUGGGUCACUGCUUUUCUCCGUAUUGCACACAGCACUGGGCAGGGGUUUGUUACUGUGGUGUCACCAUGGCAGAGCCUGACCCAAAGGCUCGGCAUGCCAAACGGGACACGUGCUGGCUGGGCUGGUCGAGCCAAGCAAGGCGCAGUUGGUGUGGACGCCAGGCGGCAAUGGGACAGCACAACUCAGCUGGUCGCAGCGGAGCCUGUCGAGGAAGCGAAGGACCAGGAGCGAGGUCACUUUGCAAACAGGAGAACUGAGCUUCGGCCUUGUCCUCCGCCCGGGCCCCUCUCUGUCGCUCUCGUAUUUAAUUUGACUGCCCAGACGAUAGCGAGCUGUUGUUUGGCCUUUCAAGAGGAAUCUUCCUUGUGUAGCCAGGUACGAUUUUUACACCACACGCUAGUUCUCUGAUCAAGUAACACGAGCGCAUCGGUUCACCCUCCCUGUAAUUACAGUCUCCACAUUAAAGAGAAAAAGCCUCUGUUGCAUUUUUACUCACAUUUUCUACGGUUUUUAAGAUUGUAAUAUAAUUGGAUUAUUUCUUCAUUGACAAUAAAAGUGGAAAGAGCUGUU